CCGACUGCUUAUUGCCAUUGCGACUGCUGCCGAUAUCCCGAUUGCCGUCUGUCACCUACAAGGUUCAGCGAAAUAAUGCUGGGGGGAUGGAUAGCCGGCGAUAGACAGACAGGUGGAUGGAUGGAUGGAUCAGUCCACUCAGCCAUGGAGUUUCCCUCCCUUCGACUGUCACUGCUGCAUUCGAGGACCGGGAGGGCCGUUUGUACGACGCUUCUUGCCCUCAUUAGGAAAAUAGGCACCAUCCCGGACUGGCGGAACGCGAGACUUGACUGGUCGUGUGUUCCAUUCUGCUAUCUGGCUGGGUGUAUUUAAGUUUACCGAUGGCUUUCUUUCUUCUAUCUUGCUGCUACUACCUUAUCCUCUCAGUACAUCCGACGAGCUAUAUCGCCAAACCCAACAUCCAGUUCAAUAAACAAUAAUAUAACCCAUUCAAUCAAUCUACCUUAUCAUCUCAUCCAUAACAAAAAAUGGCCCCCGUAGGCCCCCGCGCCUCCAAAGAGGAGUUCAUGCAAGCCCUAGGCCUCAACUCCCACGACCCCCAGCACGAGCAAUACUACCGCGCAAUGCGAGACGAAACAAUCCAAAUCUACACAUACCUAAACACCUCGCCCACAAACCUGCUCGACAGCCUCGCGUCCGACCCCAGCACAAAACCCCCAUACUUCUGGCACCACAUCAAGCCGGAGCGACAGCAGUGGGCGAUCCGCGAGAUCGCGCGCAACGCGAGCCCGCGCACGAGACCGCUCUUUGCAUCGGGCGAGACGGGCGGCGAGUAUGCGCCGAAUUGGGUUGCCGGGUGGUUGCUUUAUAGUGUCUUUCGGAGUCGGGAUGUGCGGAAUAAUCGGAAUCGGAGGAGGGGGGAGGAUGGGUCUGCUUCUGCUGGUGGGCAAGGGCAAGCGUCGAGACAUUUGAAGCAGGGGAAUGAUACUGGGCAGCAGGCGAAGAAGGAGUAUUAUGACCCGGUGAGGAAUGGAUGAAUGAAGCAGGAUUCCUAGGAUUGACUUCAGAAUUCAUAUUGGAGUGGGUUGUUUAGGGGCAUAGCAUUGCGAAGCUUGGAAGCUUGGCUUGUCUUUUCUUCUAGAAUGCAAAGCGAAAUGGAGUUGAAUGUUUACGAGAAAUAUGAGAUGUCUUGAUUGUUGGUUUCAGGUUUAAUCUAUCAGGCAGAUGGCUGGCCAGUGUCAAUAGACAGGGUAGUGUAAGCAAGAGAGGGCGAAUCGUAUUCGUGCUUUGUAUUGCUAA